AUGUACGGCUCCCACUUUCCGUCUUGGUGUCUCAAAAACUCUGAAAAAGCUAUUAAACAGUUGACUAAUUCUGUCCAGAUUCUACCAGGACCAUUUGAGCAAGACAUUAAGAGAGAAAUGCAGUGUAAUGGGCAAGCAGAUGGAUCAAAUGGCGCACGACGCAAAUUCUGCUAUAGAGACCCUCCAGCAUCGGAUAUCAGUAUCUUUUUAGAACUUGAACAUGGCCAGGAACAGCUCCAAAAGAAAAACCAGGAACUUGUUAACGUGUACAGGGAUAAAUGCAAGAAACACGCACAGAUGACGAAUCUCUAUAACUUACUGAAGAAUCGUGCCAUUCGGUCUCAAAUCCAAACUGCCGUUUCCGAUACCGUUGCUCAGACACUCAAUUCAUAUGGAGCAGUCGAUAAUACCCAGCACGCUAGUCUAGAUCCACAACGGCCUACUACCAGCCUCACCAUCUCUCGCAUGAGUGAUAUCAAUCAGUAUAACAGGGCAAGCAAUGAUCAUGACUCUAGAGUUCCGCGGCAACAUAAAGGGGCCUUUAACCAUCGUGAUGGAACCAUGAUGCCUCCUCCCUCUGUGAUACCAGUAUCCCGAGUUGCUACCACCCCAAACCCAAGUUAA